AUGAAAACAAUGUCGACUCCACUCAGUGCCGAGAUCAGCAUCCCAUUGUCGAAGCAGGUACGCUACUUUGCGGCGACCAAGGCUGAGAUGGAAGCCGCAGUUGGCAGAGGCAACGUGUCCAGGCUCCUCGCUCACUCCUUCUUCCUCCUCGGCGUUGGCAGCAACGACCUGUUCCAGUCCACGGCGACCACCCAGGGCGAUGUCAUUGCGCUCUACACUGCUCUCAUCUCCAACUACACGGCAGCGAUCACUGAUUUGUAUGGGAUGGGGGCGAGGAAGUUCGGGUUCAUCAGUGUCAGCCCGCUGGGCUGCGUGCCAGCGGUGCGCGUGCUCAAUGCGACGGGGGCAUGUAACGAUGCCAUGAACCAGAUCGCCAUGGGAUUCACCGCCACGCUUAAGUCUGCACUCGCCGGCCUCGCCCCGAAGCUCCCAGGCCUCGUCUACUCCCUCGGCGACUCCUUCGCUGCCUUGGAGACAACCUUCUCCAACCCGCAAGCAGCUGGGUACGAGAACGCGGACAGCGCGUGCUGCGGGAGCGGGAGGCUGGGCGCGGAGGGCGGCUACUGCACGCGGAACUCCAAGCUGUGCACCGACCACGACGCCUAUGUGUACUGGGACUGGAUCCACUCCACGCAGCGGGCUGCCGAGCUGGGUGCCCAGGCGCUCUUCAAUGAGGGCCCGGCCCAGGUCACCGCACCCAUCAGCUUCGGGCAAUUGGCCCACGAGAGAUAA